CCUCAUUUAGCGAUAUUGUCGAUUUGCAAGCUGUUUUUACUUGCUUUGCAAUUCAGAAAUGGAAACUUUCAUGUUGUUGCAUCAAUCUCCAAUUCGACGCUGAUGAUGCAUUUCUACCUGUAGCCAACAAAACAGGAAGAACAAACAAUUACCUGUAUAUUUUCAUAUAUAUAUAUAUAAAUGGCGACUUCAAGCCCUAAGAAAUCGGUUUCGAACUCACCGACUUCCUCCGGCCGACCACCGCAGGCAGUGAAAUUUUCUCGCCGGACUGCAAGUGGCCGAUUCGUAAGUCUUUCUCGCGACGAAGAUCUAGACAUGUCAGGCGAUUACUCUGGCCAAACCGAUUACAUAAACUACACUGUAUUGAUGCCUCCGACUCCGGAUAAUCAGCCAGGGGGAGGCGGAACGGGUUCGGAUUCGAAAUCAGACGGUAUGGCUAAGAGUCGAUUCGGAUCGGAGGCUCGAGGGUUGGUUAGGCGAGUAGGAGAUCCAGAGCCGAAUGGAGGAGAUGGCGAUGCGGGGAAGAUGGAUCGGAGAAUGUCGGUAAUGAAAUCGUCGAAUAAUAAUAAUAAAUCGAUGCUGUUGAGAAGCCAAACUUCGGAUUUUGAUCACAAUCGUUGGUUGUUUGAGUCGAAAGGAAAAUACGGAAUCGGAAAUGCGUAUUGGGAGGAUGGUGAACAAGAUCAUGGGUAUGUUAGUGAGGGGAUGAGUAUGGCGGAUUUCUUGGACAAGCCAUGGCGACCGCUCACUCGUAAAAUCAAAGUUCCCCCCGCUGUUCUUAGCCCCUACAGGCUGCUGGUGUUCAUUCGAAUGGUAGUAUUGGCAUUCUUCCUUGCAUGGCGAAUUCGAAACCCUAAUCCUGAUGCAGUAUGGCUAUGGGCAAUGUCUAUCGUUUGUGAGAUAUGGUUUGCUUUCUCAUGGUUAUUGGAUAUACUUCCCAAGCUCAACCCUAUAAAUCGAGCCACUGACCUCGGCGCGCUUCGAGAAAAGUUCGACCAAGCCACCCAGACCAACCCGACUGGGCGGUCUGACCUCCCCGGAGUCGACGUGUUUGUGUCAACAGCCGACCCGGAGAAGGAACCGCCACUCGUCACGGCCAACACCAUCCUUUCAAUCCUGGCCGCUGAUUACCCAGUGGAAAAGCUCUCGUGCUACAUUUCAGAUGACGGUGGCGCCAUACUUUCCUUUGAAGCCAUGGCGGAGGCUGUUAAGUUUGCUGAGGUAUGGGUACCGUUCUGCCGGAAGCACAACAUAGAACCGAGAAAUCCAGACAGUUACUUCAACGUAAAAACGGAUCCGACGAAGAACAAGAAGCGGCCGGAUUUUGUGAAGGACCGGCGGUGGAUAAAGAGGGAGUACGACGAGUUCAAGGUAAGGAUCAACGGGCUACCGGAUGCCAUAAGGAAGAGGAGUGAAAUGCACAACAAAAGAGAGGAAGACAAGGAGAAGAAACUAGCUCGAGAUAAGAACGGCGGCGACACUCCGGCUGAGCCCGUCAACGUCCUUAAGGCCACGUGGAUGGCCGAUGGUACCCACUGGCCUGGAACUUGGCUUAACCCAUCCCCUGACCAUUCCAAGGGUGACCACGCUGGCAUUUUGCAGGUAAUGACAAAGGUACCAGAAAACGACCCAGUACUGGGGCAUCCAGAUGAAAACAAGUUGGACUUCACAGGAGUUGACAUUAGAGUUCCAAUGUUUGCAUACGUAUCACGUGAGAAACGGCCUGGCUAUGACCACAACAAGAAGGCUGGAGCCAUGAAUGCCAUGGUUCGAGCCUCAGCAGUUCUAUCAAACGGCCCUUUCAUUCUCAAUUUGGACUGUGACCAUUAUCUCUACAACUGUCAAGCUAUGAGGGAAGGAAUGUGUUUCAUGAUGGAUAGAGGUGGAGACAGGAUUUGCUAUAUUCAAUUCCCUCAGAGAUUUGAAGGAAUUGAUCCUUCAGAUCGCUAUGCCAACCACAACACUGUCUUCUUUGAUGGUAAUAUGAGGGCAUUGGAUGGUCUUCAAGGCCCAGUCUAUGUGGGAACUGGCUGCAUGUUUAGGCGAUACGCAUUGUAUGGGUUCAACCCACCAAGAGCAAACGAAUACACAGGCAUGUUUGGCCAAGUCAAGUCUGUAGCCAGAACUAAUUACCAACCACAAUCUGAGGAAGAUGAUUCUGACUCUCAACCUUUGACUUCACACCCUGACUUGGACCUUCCAAAGAAAUUUGGAAGCUCUACCAUUUUUACAGAGUCGAUCCCUGUGGCUGAGUUCCAAGGUCGUCCCCUUGCUGAUCAUAUCUCUGUCAAGAAUGGUCGGCCCCCUGGUGCCCUACUCAUGGCUCGUCCACCACUUGAUGCCCAAACUGUUGCUGAGGCUGUCGCUGUCAUCUCAUGCUGGUAUGAAGACAAGACUGAAUGGGGAGAAAGAAUUGGAUGGAUUUAUGGGUCCGUGACAGAAGAUGUGGUAACUGGAUAUAGGAUGCACAAUCGUGGGUGGCGGUCAGUUUAUUGUAUCACCAAGCGUGACGCCUUUCGUGGCACUGCGCCAAUUAAUCUCACAGAUCGUCUUCACCAAGUGCUUCGAUGGGCCACUGGUUCAGUUGAAAUCUUCUUCUCCAAAAACAAUGCUUUUCUUGGAAGCAAACGCCUCAAAUUCCUUCAACGUGUGGCCUAUCUAAAUGUUGGAAUUUACCCAUUCACUUCCAUUUUCUUGGUCGUAUACUGCUUUCUCCCAGCACUUUCCCUCUUCUCAGGACACUUCAUAGUGCAAGGCUUAAACGUUGCCUUCCUUACCUAUCUUCUCAUCAUCACCGUUUGCCUUUGCCUUCUAUCUCUCCUUGAAGUAAAAUGGUCAGGCAUUGCCUUAGAAGAAUGGUGGAGAAAUGAGCAGUUCUGGGUCAUUGGUGGAACCAGUGCCCACCUGGCUGCAGUCAUUCAGGGACUUCUCAAAGUCGUAGCUGGGAUCGAAAUCUCCUUCACCCUUACAUCCAAAUCAGCAGGGGAUGACGAAGAUGACAUUUAUGCUGAUCUAUACUUAGUCAAAUGGACGAGUCUGUUUAUAAUGCCACUAACAAUCAUGAUUGUUAACAUUAUUGCAGUUGUAAUUGGAUUCUCAAGGACUGUGUACAGUGUGAUACCACAAUGGAGUAAGCUGGCUGGAGGUUUAUUCUUUAGCUUUUGGGUGUUGGCUCAUAUGUACCCAUUUGCCAAAGGGCUGAUGGGCAGAAGAGGAAGGCUCCCAACUAUUGUCUAUGUGUGGUCAGGGCUACUUUCGAUCACUGUCUCUUUGCUAUGGAUAUCUAUCAGCCCACCUGACGCUGAUGGAACUACUCAGACAUGAUUUUUUUUUCUAAUUUUAAUCAAUGGGGAUAUCAAGAACCAUACGACUUACAUUAUACUCGUGGUUCACCCCUACUAAUUUACGAGGUUUCCUCACUCCAAAGCUAGCUCCAAAAGAUAACAAAAGUUUCCAAGUAAUUAAAUUUUCCACCUGCUUCUCUUCUCUUUAGUAUUACCCAGUAAUACUGCAAGAGAAGUGAUGAUUUAUGUUCGGGACAAAGAAUAUAAUUGUAUUGUGUAUAUUAGUACUGGUUUAG